CUACUACCUCCACGUGUUCUCGGCGCACGUCACUGUCCCGUAGAUGUAGUGGCUGUAACCCUCCUGCUUCCUGUUUCCGGGCGGCCCGGUGCGGCGGUCUCACUUCAGCUAAUGGCUCUGUCCGCCAGGAGGAGAGGGGCUCCGGCCGGGGGGCGCUCCACCCUCAUGGAUAGUGUGCGCCGGGGAUGGGAGAACAUGCUGCAGAUCCUGACUGACCCCCGGUACACGGCGCUGCUGGGAGUGUGCCUGUGCCUAGCCGAGUUGGUGUUCUCACACUGGGUCAUCCAGAGAGUACCAUACACCGAGAUAGAUUGGAAAGCCUACAUGGAUGAGGUGGAGGGGGUGCUGAACGGGACCUACGACUACACCCAGCUGCGGGGGGACACCGGACCCCUGGUGUAUCCCGCAGGCUUUGUAUACAUUUUUAGUGCAUUCUACUUCCUAACGGAGCAUGGGACAAACAUCAGGCUGGCUCAGUAUAUCUUUGCCGUCCUCUAUCUUCUGACACUGUUCCUUGUGUUCCGCAUCUACAUUGUCACAAGAAAGGUCCCACCCUAUGUGUUUUUCUUCAUGUGCUGUGCUUCUUAUCGCGUGCACUCCAUCUUCCUCCUUCGCCUCUUUAAUGACCCAGUGGCUAUGGUCAUCUUAUUCUUUGCCAUAAACCUGAUAUUACAGGACCGCUGGAGCUGGGGCUGCUUUUUCUACAGUUUGGCUGUAUCUGUCAAAAUGAACAUUUUGCUACUAGCUCCAGGACUUCUGUAUCUCCUUCUGUGUCGGUUUGGACUGCUACGCACUAUACCAAAACUCUGUAUCUGUGCCCUGCUUCAGGUCCUCUUGGCCCUUCCAUUUUUGUUGGAAAAUCCUACUGCAUACCUGCUGCGAUCCUUUGAUUUUGGUAGACAGUUCCUAUUUCAGUGGACUGUAAAUUGGCGUUUCCUCCCAGAGUACGUGUUUCAGCAUCGGGCUUUCCACUUAGCAUUACUUUCAGCUCACCUCACUGGACUACUGUUCUUUUGUUUCUACAGAUGGCACAGGUCUCAGCAAAGCAUUCUUGCACUCUUAAAGGAUCCAGCUCAGAGAAAACCCCAGUCACGCAGACUGUCAGCAAACAAGAUUAUCUUUGUCCUGUUCUCUAGUAACUUCUUGGGUGUUACAUUCAGCCGUUCUCUACAUUAUCAGUUCUAUGUCUGGUACUUUCACACGUUGCCGUACUUACUGUGGUGCACGGAUACCGGUGUCCUGCCUGGACUAGCCAAAAUUCUUAUAUUGGGCCUUAUUGAGCUGUCAUGGAACACCUUCCCCUCUACUGCUAUGAGUUCGGGUGCCCUCCAUUUGUGUCACGUGGCCAUUCUACUUCACCUAUGGUUUGGUGUUCCACCAGAUGAGAAGUCUCCCAAAGACAAUGUAGCAACCUUCAAAACUUCUCUUAAGAAGAAGGACUAAUU